AUGGUGUAUUUGGUUCAGUCCGGGGACAUGGAGUACGUCGAUGAAGACAAGAGGACAAAGUACCUCACUGCUCGCCCGGACCAUGACGUCGAAGUGCUCAGCUUGCCAAACCUUUGGGCAGAAUGGGUACACACCGGCCGCUUGACUGCCACGUCGAACAUCUGCCACUACGCCGGUAUCGACUGCAAGCAGUUCUGCACAACGGCCACCCACUUCGGCGGGAGGCUGUGCGAGUAUCUGAAGGCCCGGCAGGGUGUCAGGGUUCAGCUGAACUUGAGUCGCAGGGCUUGCACAAACAUCCCUAGUCUGCGCCCUUCCCUAGAGCCCUGA